CUGGGAAAUCGGUUCCCGACUUCCAGUCCAGGAAGGAACAAAGAAAGCUUUGAGCUUUGGGAAACAGGAAAAUAGACAUGGCGGCUAACUGUGCGAGACGAACCCUACAAUUUUCUUCAUCUUCUGCAAAAACCCUUUUGUGCAGUACACCAUCUUCACCUUUCGCCUCCAAAGCUUCUAACCUUAUCGAACUUACUGCCGUCAAGUCCACUUCUGCUUCGCGACUCGCUGCUCAGAAGCUCAAGUUAUCAAGAUUUCCUGUGGAGUUGGCUGGUGUGCAGUCAUUGAUCCCAUUGCAUAGUGCUACUGCUUCUGCCUUGUUCACUUCGCUCCUGUCUUUGCACAAUAACAGCUGGGGAUGCCUAUCAGAAGGUUUUGCAACUCCUCUAUAGCAUGGCCAGUGAGCUGCUGUUUCUAGGUACAAGCGAGAUCAUGAAUAGUGGAAUUUGUUUCUUUUGCAGCUUUCUGAUUGCAUUUGAACUUUAUUGUAACCUCAAAAAGUAGAUGAUCGUUUCAUUGUUUCUCAAGGUUUUUCAGACUCUAGUUAUGAUAACCUGAAAUUCUGCAUAUCCCUGGUUAGAAAUUUUACACACGAGAUCGCGACUAUCGUGGUAUAAACUCAGGAGUUAGCUCAAUAGUGGUUUUGAGACAAUUGGUAAAUCGAGUUUGAUGCUUAUUGGUUUCAUCGGCAAUAAAAUUUGCAGUACGUUAUUGUA